CGCCACUAGCGCUGUGGGCAUGGAAUAGCAGUGUGGAGGAACGCCGCAAUGGGCUUGGACUUGGACAGGUAUUGCAAUUAGUAUUAGUUAGCUACUUACAACUACUUCAAUAUGCUCUAAAGCGGUGGUAGUGGCUGUGAUUCCGUAUCGCGACCAGAUAUUUACUGUAACAAUAAUAGAGUUAGUCGAGUUCGUGGAUCGUGUGCAUACGUGCAAUGGAGAUAGUAGGUUGUUGCAGCUGGACCACCGUCCUAGCGCCGCUGGCCGGGAUCCUCUUGUUUAUAUGGCUGGCCAAGAGAAGCAGGAGAUCUUCCCAGGGUAAUCUGCCGCCACAGAUCAAAUCACCGGUACCUUUCAUCGGCUGUGCCAUUAAGUUUGGCGAGAACCCCAUCAAGUUCCUGCUGGAUGCGUAUGACAAGCAUGGUUCAGUGUUUCGUUUCCAAAUGAUGGGCAGUUCUUUCACGUAUCUGGUUGGAUCGGAUGCAGUGUCGACAUUUUUCAGCUCUAAGAAUGAAGACUUGAACGCCGAGGAGGUAUAUUCACGUUUGACUACACCUGUGUUCGGCGAAGGUGUCUGUUACGACUGCCCUCAUCAGGACUUUUUGGAGCAGAAGCGUAUCUUCAAAUCUGGACUGACAAUAGCCCGCUUUGAGGCGUAUGUUCCCCUAAUCGUGGAGGAGACCAAAGACUACUUUGCGAAGUGGGGCGAUCAGGGAAAACAGAACCUCUUUGAAGCUCUAUCGGAGCUCAUCAUCCUCACAGCCAGCAGAUGUCUACAUGGACCAGAAAUCCGUGGUAUCCUAGAUGAGCAUGUUGCUCAACUCUACAAUGACCUGGAUGGUGGAUUCUCACACGAAGCAUGGCUGUUGCCGGGUUGGUUGCCUCUGCCAAGUUUCAGGACGCGUGAUAAGGCACACAAGGAGAUGAAGAAGAUCUUCUAUAAGGCCAUUGCUGAUCGCCGGGCUUCCAUUGCUUCAGGCACAGUGGGCCACACUGACAUGCUACAGACUAUCCUGGAUGCAACGUACAAAGAUGGGCGUGGUAUGACUGAUGAUGAGAUUGCUGGCAUGUUGAUUGGUCUGUUGAUGGCUGGUCAGCACACAUCCUCCACCACCAGUGCUUGGCUAGGAUUCUACCUGGCACAGAACAAAGAAUUCCAGGACCAGUGCUUUGAAGAAGUUCACGAGCGCGUUGGUGACUGCGAGUCUCUAGAUGGGCUGAAGGAUUGUGCGUUCCUGGAGAUGUGCCUGCGUGAAACAUUGCGCCUGCGACCUCCACUCAUGACUGUCAUGCGCUUGGUGAAGACCCCACAGAAAGUGCUCGGGUUUGACAUUCCAGUCGGAGAGCAGGUGUGUGUGUCGCCGUCCAUCAACCAUCGUCUGGAGAAGAACUGGAAGGAUGCGAACACAUUCUCUCCAGACAGAUUCAUGGAGCGAUUGGAGGGUGAGCAGAAGUUUGCCUACGUGCCAUUUGGAGCUGGCCGACACCGCUGCAUUGGCGAGUCCUUUGCUUAUGUGCAAAUCAAGACCAUCUGGUGCACCCUGCUGCAGAUGUACGAGUUUGAGCUAGUGGAUGGCUACUUCCCUGAAAUCAACUUCCGCACAAUGAUCCACACACCGACUAACCCGUUCGUUCAUUACCGGCGACGCAAGACCGCGUAAACUGGUCUCACCUCCUCUCAACAAGCAAUUUUAAACCCCUGUAUACAUCAUAGUUAUACUAUUUCUGUAGGUGUUAAACCACUGUACAUAUCACAAUUAUACUAUUUCUGUAGGUUCCUGGCACUGAAUGAGGAGUGCUUGCGUUACACUUUACACAACAUUGUCACAUCUAGCAGAUAAAUUAUUUCUUAUCAAAAUUGUUCUGGUCAGAGCACAGAUAUGACAUAGUUAUAGUAUUUAAAAAUUGUUGUUUUCUAUAUUCACCCCGUCCCUGGCAAACUAUUCGGAGAAAUCUACCUGGCCGUUUUGUCACGGAAAGGUGAUUUGUGAUGAGAUUUUAGAGCUUCUUUGUCGGCAGCUGACAAUGGAGACCUUCUACUGAUUGCAGUUGCCGUGGAAACGUACUGCUAUCACCAGAUAUUUCACCCUGCAUUUUGCCUUCCCCCUGUAAAUUGUUCGGAUCGUGACUUGAUUAUUUCUCAGUGAAGCAAGGCUGAAUGAAAGGUCA